UUAGGAACCGAGACACCGCUCCUCCUCUAUCCGUCUCCAGGUGUGGGCGGGAUGACAUGCCGUCCCUGUCAUCUGGGCACACCCCCGGGAUCAAUCCUUCGCCGGUGAUUGGCCGCCGGAACUGUAGCUCAGGAGAGGCACACAGGCGGCCAAUCACCGGCGAGGAGGUGGAGCUUGGAGAGGAGGAGCCGAGCGGCACCGUGAAGAUCGAGCGAGUGAAGAGGAGGAGAGCGGCCGGAGAAGGAAGACAUCUGACCGAGGGAGGGAGCGAGCCCAGGCUGGAGCAGGGGUCAGCAAGGUAAGUAUCAUUGGUGUCAGUGGGAGGAAUAGUGCCCCAUCAUUUGGUGUCACUAAUACCAAUGAUGGGGCACUAUUCCUCCCCCCACUGACACCAACGAUGGGGCACUAUUCCUCCCCCCACUGACACCAACGAUGGGGCACUAUUCCUCC